GUUCAUUCUCUAUCCCUUAGUGACUGCUUUCCUCCAACUCUGUCAACUCCAUCUUUCCCACCAUGAGUCGGCAACUGAACAUCAAGUCUGGUGGUGACAAGGGUGGCUUCAGUGGGCGCUCAGCAGUGGUGUUGAGGAAGGCUGUGGGCAGUGCGGCUUCUUACCGCGCAGCUGGCAAAGGACCUGGGGCUGGCUUUGGCAGUCGGAGCCUCUACAGCCUUGGAGGGAAUCGGUGUAUUUCCCUCAACAUGGCAGGUGGUGGUGUUCGCAUUGGAGGUUAUAGCUUUGGGCCUGGCUCUGGGUAUGGAGGAGGCCGGGCCACUGGCUUUGCUGGAAGCAUGUUUGGCAGUGUGGCCUCAGGGCCUGUGUGCCCAUCCGUGUGCCCACCUGGGGGUAUCUACCGGGUCACUGUCAACAAGAGCCUCCUGGCUCCCCUCAACGUGGAGCUGGACCCUGAGAUCCAGAGAGUGCGCACCCAGGAGCGGGAGCAGAUCAAGGCUCUGAAUGACAAGUUUGCCUCCUUCAUCGAUAAGGUGCGGUUCCUAGAGCAGCAGAACCAGGUGCUGGAGACCAAGUGGGAGCUGCUGCAGCAGCUGGACCUGAGCAACUGCAGAAAGAACCUGGAGCCCAUCCUUGAGGGCUAUAUCAGCAACCUGAGGAAGCAGCUGGAGACUCUGUCUGGGGACAGGGUACGGCUGGACUCGGAGCUGAGGAGUGUGCGAGACGUGGUGGAGGACUACAAGAAGAGGUAUGAGGUGGAGAUUAAUCGGCGCACAGCAGCUGAGAACGAUUUUGUGGUGCUCAAGAAGGAUGCCGAUGCAGCCUACACAGUGAAGGUGGAGCUCCAGGCCAAAGUAGAUUCUCUGGACAAAGACAUCAAGUUCCUCAAGUGUUUGUAUGACGCGGAGAUGGCCCAGAUUCAGACUCAUGCCAGUGAAACCUCAGUCAUCCUGUCCAUGGACAACAACCGGGACCUGGACCUGGAUAGCAUCAUUGCCAAGGUCCGAGCUCAGUAUGAGGAGAUCGCCCUGAAGAGCAAGGCUGAGGCCGAGGCACUGUACCAGAGCAAGAUCCAAGAGCUGCAGCUGGCAGUAGGCCGGCAUGGUGAUGACCUCAAACACACCAAGAACGAGAUGUCAGAGCUGAACCGGCUCAUCCAGAGGAUCCGGUGUGAGAUUGCGAGUGUAAAGAAGCAGUGUGCCAACCUGGAGACGGCCAUCGCCGAUGCUGAGCAGCGGGGCGACUGUGCCCUGAAGGACGCCCGGGCCAAGCUGGACGAGCUGGAGGCCGCCCUGCACCAGGCCAAGGAGGAGCUGGCCCGGAUGCUGCGCGAGUACCAGGAGCUCAUGAGCCUGAAGCUGGCCCUGGACAUGGAGAUCGCCACCUACCGCAAGCUGCUGGAGGGCGAGGAGUGCAGGAUGUCUGGCGAGAAUCCAUCCUCUGUGAGCAUCUCCGUCAUCAGCAGCGGUGGGAGCGGCUACUACCAUCCCAGCUCUUCCUCUAGUGCCGACGCCGGGGCCAGCAGCAUGGUGGGCAGCUACAGCAGCUCUCAGGCUGGGCAGUCCAGGGCCAAAGGGGCCCGUGGAGGAGACCUCAAGGACUCCCAAGACCUCAAGGGCAAGAGCACCUCUGCCAGCACCCCAGCCAGGAAAGCCGCCCGAUAAGCCAGAGGACCCACUCCCCUCAGGAUCUGGGAGAAGAGAUGCCCUUGCCACCGCCACCACGCCCAGAAAUGUCUGCUGUUCCCCAUCCUCCACCCCCUGAGUCCUGGACUGUUCAUAGUGUACGUGACCACCUAUGCCUUGGCCCCCCUCGCUGUCCAGCUCUGACUGGCACCAUCGCCUCUCUUUCCUCUCAGGUCCCGUGUGGACACUGACUUCUUGUUUUCCUUACUGCCUUCAGCUGGCA